AUGGUCGUGAAGGAUGACUUCACGAGACGUACAUGGUUGUGUUUCCUGAAAAAUAAAUCAGACGCUGGGAGGGCUUUCCGAAGUUUCCUUGUUGGUGUGCGUGCUGAUGGAAUCCCAUCUUUGGUUGAGAUAGUUAGAUCUGACAAUGGGGGGGAGUGUUUCGGAGGGGAUUUUACUUCCGUGUGCAACGAGCUCUUGAUUAAGCAAGAGUUCACCCCGGCUUACAGUCCCCAGUACAACGGUGUUGCCGAGCGUGGUUUGGGAUUGAUCGAGGCUGCGGCAAUGGCAGCUCGUAUCCAGGCGAAAGUUUUGUUUGGGCAUGUGCAAUUAUCUAAGACUGAUAGACUAUGGGCUGAGGCGAUGCACUUGGCUUGCGAAGCAAUUAACCACACAGCUUGUUCCCCUAACUCCGACAGUAAGUCACCAUAUGAAAUGUGGCAUGGUGAAGCUAGUCAUGCUAGACCGUAUCCGUUUUUGAAACCGGCUUACUGUAGGUGGCAGAGACCGUCUAAACUGCUACCGAGGGGUGAGGCUUGCUGUUAUGUCGGUCCUUCGAGAGACCACCCGCGUGACUGUCAUAGAGUACUUACGAGGGUUGGAACUAUUCAGGAAACGAGGAAUGUGACAUGGGAGGCGUUGCCGUCACAACUCCCUCCGCUGCAACCGUCUCUCUUGCUGAUAGAGGUAGCAGAGGAGGGAGGGGAGGAACGUGACGACGAUGUAGAAGUCGAGAGCCAGAAUCUGGUAGCAAUCAAGAAGCCCGCCGGUCGAAGUACGCCACGAUUUGGGACAAGGCCACGUCUGUCUGCAGAAUUUGAAGGAUUGCUAAGGGCAGGAACGUUCGCGUUAGCAGUAAAGACUCUAAUAGGCUGUAACGUGAUAGAUGCUAGAUGGAUCUACAAAUGGAGAGCAGACAAAACAGGCAAGAUAGUGAAGGCCAAGGCUAGGCUUGUAGCGAAGGGCUUCAAGGAGAAGUAUGGUGUGGAUUAUCUUGAGACUUUCUCGCCUACUGCAAAUGCAUAGCAUUGGCGUGCAAGUAUGAUUUGGAAUUUCUCCACUUUGACAUUGAGCAAGCGUUUGUUCAGUCGGAAUUGGAUCAUGAGGUGUUCAUGAAGUUGCCUCCUGGCUGCGAGUCGAUGUCAGGAAAGGUCGUCCGUUUAGACAAGAGUUUGGAGGGACUGAGGCAGGUAUGUAGAACAUUUCUCAAGAGAUUUGUGUCGGACCUUAAGAGGGUUAGUGUCGAACAAUCUCUAUCUGACCCCUGUGUUCUGCGUUUCAUGAUGAGAAACGAGGUGAUGGGUAUGAUCGCGAUUCAUGUGGAUGACUUUCUGUAUGGAGGAAUUGAGAGCCUUACCAAGAUAGUUGUGCAAGCGCUAGGUGACUCUUUUCACACGAAGAAUUUUGGCGAGGUCAAAUUCUUUCAUGGUUGCGCAUUAGUCGCGACCGCGAGGCUGGCAAAAAUUGAGAUGUCUCAAGAGCGUUGCGUCAGGAGUGUUCUCGAGAGAUUCAAUAUUUGUCGCACCAGCUCGACCCUGCUCCCCCUGCUAGUGUUUACAGGUCCGUGAUGGAGGAGGAGGAGGAGGCAGGGGAUGUGCCGUUCAGAGAGGU